AUGAAAGAAGUCGAAAAGAGCAGCGGCCCGGGAGAAGCAAUCGAGUCGAUGCCACGGCGGUUGGGAGAGGCCGAGUCGAAAUGGGCAGACCAGGAAAACAACAAGGACGGACGGGGCAAUUGGAAAAUGGGGAAGAGCAGGAGCGGAGGGUCUGGGUUCCUUCCUACCCUUUCGCACGCCGAGCAGGAGGGUCCUUCCUGGGGGAGGGAGAUUGACAAGUCCAGCGACAGGCGACGUUAUUGGACGGGGGCCCGCAAAUAA